AUGGCGCAACAGACCUCCCAAGAAGAGCGCGACAAUGUGCCAGGUUACGGAGGUUACACUCGCUUCGAGCUCGAACUAGAAUUUGUGCAGUGUCUUGCGAAUCCCGUCUAUCUCAAUUACCUCGCCCAGCAAAAGACGCUCGACAAGCCCGAGUUUGUGGCCUAUCUCGCCUACCUGCAGUACUUCAAGCAGCCCAAGUACACAAAGUUCUUGCACCACCCUGGGCCGACGCUCCGCGCACUAGAGCUGCUUCAGCAGGCGCGUUUCCGGCAAGAUAUACUCGCACCCGGCCUUUUAGACAGGCUCGUCAUCGAGGGCCAGAGGAAUGCAGUACCGGCCCAGAAGGAUUGA